GAAAGUUUUCUUCUCCAACUUGGCAAUUCACUACUGCAUGUCCUGCUGCAGUGCUGCUUAUUGAAGAGCUUAAGAUAGAAUGGGAUUGCUCACUGCAAAUUAUUGGGAGUGGAGAAUUGCAUAUAGCUUCUUAUCGAACAAGACCCACAUCAAUGGAAACCCUUUUGGCCUCACCCAGCUAAACCCUGAAUUUGGAGGUAGGAUAGUAGCUUUCGCAGGUCGAAAAUCGGCCAAGAAACUGAAGAGAAUUAAGGAACAGCAAAGUGAGGUGAAAUUGGAAAGUAGUAAGAUUUCAUUCAAUGAUAAUAAUGGGGUAAAAGAUAAUGUCCCUUUAAAGAAUGAUACCAUCAAUGAUGAUUUUGCCUUGGUGAAUGAGAAAAGUGAGCUUAAUUCAGUUACUAAUGAUGCUCCUUCAAGGGGAGCUGUUCUUCGAGCCUGUACUGUGACUUCUGGGCUGAUAGCGGCUCUAGGCUUGGCGAUUAGGCAGGUAUCUCAAGUUGCAUCUUCAGGAGGAUUGCCUGUCUUUGACUGCUCCGAAGUAUCGUUUGAUUUCCAGGUAUGGCAUCUCGAGCUGAUUGCAGGUUUGGUUGUCUUGAUAUCCUUGUCAAGGUAUACAUUACUGAAGAUAUGGCCUGAUUUUGCCGAAUCAAGUGAAGCAGCCAAUAGACAGGUCUUGACAUCCCUAGAGGCAUAUGAUUAUCUGAUUGUUGCUUUCCUUCCUGGAAUUAGUGAGGAAUUACUUUUCCGGGGUGGGUUGCUACCGCUUCUGGGGCUCAACUGGAAGAGUGCUUUGGCAGUUGCAGCUCUAUUUGGCGUUCUACACUUAGGAAGUGGUCGGAAGUCGUCUUUUGCUAUUUGGGCAACAUUUGUAGGGGUUGCAUAUGGCUAUGCUACGAUCGUUUCUUCAAACUUAGCUGUGCCAAUGGCUUCUCAUGCGCUGAACAAUCUUGCUGGUGCCCUUCUAUGGCAGCAGACAUCAAGAUCAUCCAAACAAAUAUCGAGCUAGAAGCCUAGAACACUUCACUGUAUAUACACGAAACUUGGCGAUAUGUGGCUGUGUUAGCCUUUAGUAGUUUAGUGAUUACUGCCAUCAUCAGAUAUUCAACUAUUGUGUCAUAUUGAUAUACAAUUUGGGCAUAAGGUGUGACAAUUGACAUCUGCAAUGCUAAGUGUCAUCUAAUACCGAGUAUGAUCCGAUAGAUACUCGAGAUCCAAGUUCA